AUGACUGAAAUUCAGGAGUUGCCGGAAGGAUGCAUCGCCGCCAUACUGUCUCGUACUACUCCCGCUGACGCCGGCAGAUUCUCCCUCCUUUCUAAGAUGUUCCGUUCUGCGGCCGACUCCGAUGCCGUCUGGAAUCAAUUUCUCCCUUCCGAUUCCAAUUUCAAAGAUUCUGUUGAUUCACAGUUUCCCUCACUUGCCAACGCUCCUACCAAAAAGGCUUUCUAUCUCGCUCUCUCCGAUCAUCCCAUCAUCAUCGAGAAUGGUCACAAGAGCGUUCAAUUGGAUAGAAAAAGUGGAAAAUUUCGUUACAUGCUUGCGGCUAGAUCUCUCAAUAUUAUUUGGAGUGAUCAUGAUCAUUAUUGGAAAUGGACUGAUUUUCCUGAUUCCAGGUUCCCUGAAGUCGCUGUGCUUCUUGAUGUAUGUUGGUUUGAUAUUCAUGGUACGAUAAACACCAUUGCAUUGUGCCCAAAUACUGAGUAUGCAGCUUAUCUUGUGUUCAAGAUGGUUGAUUCCGUUGGUUUUCUGAACCGUCGCAUAGAGUUAUCAGUUUUUGUCGAAGGUGGACAUAGUAGUACAAAAACUGUCUGUUUCGAUCCUAAUGUGAGACAUAGGUCUCACAACAGAGUAGUAGGAUUGCAAUGUCCUAAUGAGAGAAGUGAUGGGUGGUUGGAGAUUGAGAUGGGUGAGUUCUUUAAUUCAGGCAUAGAGAAUGAAGAAGUCCAGAUGAAGGUUUUGGAGACGGGUGGUAAUUGGAAGAGAGGUUUCAUUGUUGAAGGAAUAGAAGUUAGGCCUAAGUAA